AUCAGAGUUGGUGCAGAGUGCUCUGGAUGGAUAUAGGGUUUGUAUAUUUGCUUAUGGGCAAACAGGUUCGGGGAAAACAUACACCAUGAUGGGAAGGCCUCAGUUUAUGGAUCAGAAAGGCCUUAUACCUCGAUCUUUAGAGCAGAUAUUUGAGACUAGCCAGAGACUCUCAGCUCAAGGCUGGAAAUAUAAAAUGCAGGCAUCAGUUCUGGAAAUUUACAAUGAAUCAAUUAGGGACCUACUGGCGACUAAUCGAACAAGUUGGGAUGCUGCACGUACAGAAAAUGGUGUUCCAUUAAAGCAACAUGCUAUUAAGCAUGAUGCUAAUGGGAACACUUACGUCUCUGAUCUUACCAUCGUUGAUGUCUGCAGCUCAAAAGAGGUUGCUUCUCUUUUGCAUCAAGCUGGUCAAUGUCGAUCGGUGGGGAAGACACAAAUGAAUGAGCAAUCAUCAAGAAGUCACUUUGUCUUUACGUUGCGGAUAUCUGCAGUUAAUGAGACCACUGAAAAGCAUGGUGUUUUGAAUCUAAUUGAUCUUGCUGGAAGUGAGCGGCUCUCUAAAAGUGGCUCAACCGGUGAUCAAUUGAAAGAGACUCAGGCCAUUAAUAAGAGCUUGUCCUGCCUUGCUGAUGUCAUAUUUGCUUUGGCUAAAAAGGAAAGCCAUGUUCCUUUCAGGAACUCAAAGCUUACAUAUCUUCUCCAGCCUUGCCUUAGUGGGGACUCCAAGACACUGAUGUUUGUCAAUCUCUCACCUGAACCUUCAUCAGUCAACGAGUCGUUAUGUUCUCUCCGAUUCGCCGCCAGAGUUAACACUUGUCAAAUAGGUGUUCCUCGCCGUCAGACGGCUGUAAGAUCAGCAGAUUCUCGUUUAAGCAUAGGCUGAGAUAUGAUUACCCUUCUUUUUAUUCUUAACAUCUAAUAUCACAUUCACAAUUUCUGUGGGUUACUUGUAUGAAAUUUGUUCCUUAGAGUGUAUGGGUUGUGUAAUCUAUAUUACAUGAUGGGCCGUUAUUGGAUUUGUAUAAGCAGCUAUAGGUUGCAUUAAUUGGUUUAUUCUGAUCUAUGUUGUAAUAUUAUCCGAUCCGAGGGCAAAGUUUCCAGCUUGCCUAAUUUUACUUGAUUUGAUUA